UACUGUAGCCGCUUGGGAAAACAAUAUCAGUCUUUUUACCUGAGAUGCGGCAUGAAAUGUGACUACAUAUUUUGAUGAAUGUUCAUAGUGAUGCAGUAAUAGUCUUAUUUGGCUAUCACCUUGGAUGGUGAAUUCUCAGAGAUGGAGCACAUCAGACUGCCAAAGGUUGAGAAUGUCCGACUCAUUGACAGAAUCUCGCCCCGAAGAGCCACUUUGGGCACAAUGUACUUGACAGCAACCCACACCAUCUUUGUGGAGAACGAGACCGAGAUCCGCACAGAGACAUGGGUACUCCACAGUUUAGUGUACAGCGUGGAGAAGCUCAGCACAACAGCUACAGGAUGUCCUCUGUUGAUUCACUGCAAGAACUUCCAAGUCCUCCAUUUCAUCAUCCCCCAGGAGAGGGACUGCCAUGAUGUCCACAUGUCGCUCAUCCGUCUCUCUCAUCCAGAGUGUUAUGAGGAGCUAUACUGCUUCUCCUACAACCCCAACAGUGCCAAGGAGGAGAGGCAGCAGGGCUGGGCCUUUGUAGACCUCAAGGCUGAGUACAGCAGAAUGGGGCUUCCAAACUCCCUGUGGAAAGUCACCCCAGUCAACUGUGACUACAAGGUGAGUGACACAUACCCUGCUGAUCUGUACGUGCCAAAGUCAGCCACACCCCCGGUCAUUGUUGGGAGCUCCAAAUUCCGAAGCCGGGGCCGAUUCCCCACGCUGGCCUACUACUGCAGAGAAAACCAUGCUGCCAUCUGUCGGAGCAGCCAGCCCCUCUCUGGCUUCAGCGCGCGCUGCGUGGAGGACGAGCAGAUGCUGGAGGCCAUCGUGAGGUCCAACCCCCGCAGUGACUUCAUGUAUGUGGUGGACACCAGGCCCAGGCUGAAUGCAAUGGCAAACCGGGCUGCAGGGAAAGGCUAUGAAAAUGAAGAUAACUACUCCAACAUCAAGUUCCAGUUCCUCGGCAUUGAGAACAUCCAUGUGAUGAGGAACAGCCUACAGAAGAUGCUGGAAGUGAGUGAACUGCGGUCCCCCUCCAUGUCUGACUUCCUGGAGGGUGUGGGGAGCUCAGGCUGGCUGAAGCACAUCAAAGCGGUCCUAGACACAGGCAUCUUCAUUGCUAAGGCCAUUUCAGAAGAAGGUGUCAGUGUGCUGGUCCACUGCUCAGAUGGUUGGGACAGGACUGCUCAGGUUUGCUCUGUGGCCUGUGUCCUGCUGGACCCCUUCUACAGGACUCUGAAAGGACUCAUGGUUCUCAUCGAGAGGGAUUGGGUCUCCUUUGGACACAAGUUCUCCCACAGAUACAACCACCUGGACGGGGAUCCUAAAGAAGUGUCCCCUGUCCUGGACCAGUUACUGGAGUGUGUGUGGCAGCUGAUGGAGCAGUUUCCUUGUGCCUUUGAGUUCAACGAGAGGUUCCUCAUGGCCAUACACAGCAACAUCUACAGCUGCCAAUAUGGCAACUUUAUAGGAAACAGCCAGAGGGAGCGCUUAGAGCUGGGGCUUUGUGAGAAGACACACUCUCUGUGGUUCCACCUGUGGAAGAACAGGAGUGACUACAUGAACCCUCUGUACCGGCCUGACCACAGCCAAACUCAGGGGGUUCUGAGGCCAGAUACUGCCCCCUACUGUUUCAAGUUCUGGAAGGCCUUGUACAACCGGUUUGACAGAGGCAUGCAUCCUCGCCAGUCUGUUCUGGACUACCUGAUGGCCAUCAGAGAAGAGACCCAGCAGCUGGAGGAACAGCUGGCCUCACAUGAGGAGAGAAUAGAAGAGCUGGAGAAGCAGCCGGGAAAGAGCCUCCAGAUGCAGCCUGACACGCUGGAUCAGAGCCACGCAGUCUGGGCUCUUCACCCCCCAGACAUUGGCCUGGCCCUGGCCAACACCCCCCAGGACUACACCGGGGGCUUUCUCUGCAGCAGCCCCUGCCAGCUGAGGGCACCAGAGAGCGCAUUGCUCAUCCUGAACAAAACCGACCCUGAGCUCUCCACCAACCAGGAGUCAGGCAUAGCAGACAUCAGCUUCCGAUCUCCACCCAGCGAGGACAGCGUCAAGGACCCUGACUCUGAUGAGGCUGCCUACUCGGCUGCCUGAGCAGAAUGCAUAUUAGUGUAGCAUUGCUGUUAGCAAAGGGAGGGGAACCUGUUGCUUCAGCAACACUCCAAUGGGCAAUUGUGCAAUUGUGCAAUUAAAAAUAUACACUGUCUUUAUAAUGCAAUGAGCCAUUUAAAAUGAUUCCAUUUGAUCCAUUUUUUUAUUUUAUUUUUCAUUUCACUUUGCUAACUUUUUAGCUUUAUAAAGGGAAAUUAUAUUAUUAUAUAUAGUGUGCAAUAUGUUGAUAUUUCUAAAUUAUAUUGUGAACAAAACAUAUUUGAAUGAGACAACAAGGUCACUGGAAAGCAGUUCCUCUGUACCCUCAAACUCAAUGCAUUAUAAGCCAAAUUGGUCUCUGACUUUUUCUUGUGGUAAUCUAUCCAAGUGUUUCGUUACCAAUCCAUCUGGUCUGCUGGCCUCAUUCUGCAUGUUGUAAAUCACAAGGCUACUACUGCCAGCACACCCCACAAUGUGGAGUACUGGCAUGCUGUCAUUGCUUGCCGGUCCAGUCUCAAUACUCAUUUGUUAUUCUCCUCUCCUAAGAUUCUAUGUGUUACCAAACUUGAAAAUGAUUCAAUGUUUCAUUCUGUCUAGGUCACAUUGCCUGUGUCUGAACUGUCCUUCUACCUAUAAUCUGUGACCUUUGUAAAAGAAGGAAAGGAAGAGUUUUGGAGAUACAGCCAGGACAUAAAUUGGGAGGGAAAGAACAUUGACUGUGCGCCAUUGGUGACAGCUGCACAUGGAAAAAUGAUCAUGAUAUGGAGUAAUAAGCAUAUUUAAACAGCACAUAUUUCACUUAGAUCAAAAGCAAAAAUUGUUCUUAUGUCAUUUAAAUUAUAUAUGUGUUCUUGUUGCAUGUAAAUGUAGGAUGCAGUGUUUACAAUCUAAUAUGAAGGGUGACCUUUAUGGACCAGUACUGUAAAUUAUAAUGAAAUUAAGUUGCUAUAAAUUGCCAAAAAUAAUACAAAAGCAUUCUGCUCUGGAACAAUAAACUUGACC